AUGUCUCUGCCCGUGGUGCUCCCGGGCUCCUGCUGCCCGGUGGCAGGGCUGUCGGGCGGGCCUCAGGCCGGGGGUCCCGGCUCCGCGACCGCCGCCGCCCAGGAGCCGCCGCUGCCCCCGUUGCGGCCGCGCUGGCCCCGGGGCGCGCUGCAGCCCCCGGCGCGGCCUCGCUGCACCGCCGCCGCCGUGCCGCCCGCGCUGUCCUCCCGCCGGGCCGCCUCGGCCGCCGGCGCCCCGGGCUCCGCGCUGCUCCCCGCGCGCCCGCUGCUGUCGCUCGGGCUCCUGCAGCUGAUCCUCGGCUGCUGCAUGGUGGCGCUCAGCUUCGGGGCGCUGUCGCUGAGCAGCUCGCCGCAGGUGAAGAACUCGUGCCCGUUCUGGGCGGGCUCCUCGGUGAUCCUCUCUGGAAUAAUUGGAUUAACCACAUGGAAGAGGCCUAUGAUACUCCUGGUAAACCUCUUCGUACUGCUGUCUGUGGUGUGCGUCCUCCUGAAUCUCGCAGGAUUCAUCCUGGGCUGUCAAGGGGCGCAGUUUGUAUCCAGCGUGCCCAGGUGUGACCUGGUGGACUUAGGUGAAGGCAAGAUUUGCUUCUGUUGUGAAGAAUUCCAGCCAGCCAAGUGCACAGACAAAGAAAAUGCCUUGAAACUCUUUCCUGUUCAGCCCUGUAGCGCUGUUCACCUUCUCCUCAAGAAAGUACUCUUUGCCCUGUGUGCCUUGAAUGCCCUGACCACCACUGUGUGCUUGGUGGCCGCUGCCCUUCGCUACCUCCAGAUAUUCGCCACAAGAAGGUCGUGCAUCGAUGAAGCCCAGAUUUCUGCAGAAGAAGUGGAAGACCACGGGCGGAUCCCUGGCCCUGAUGACUUCGUGCCACCAGUGCCUCCCCCUUCUUACUUUGCCACCUUUUACUCCUGCACGCCACGGAUGAAUCGCAGGAUGGUUGGUCCUGAUGUCAUUCCACUGCCACACAUCUAUGGAGCACGAAUCAAAGGUGUGGAAGUGUUCUGUCCCCUGGACCCCCCACCUCCAUAUGAAGCUGUAGUGAGCCAGAUGGACCAGGACCAGGGGUCUUCAUUCCAAAUGCCAGAAGGACCAGAAGCUACUGCGAACCCACUGGAGCCGGUUUGCAUACAGGUGACUCAAGGUGGAGACGUUCCUAACACACCUGGUGAAGAAUCUGUAUCAACUCCCAGUUCAAACCUGGUACAUCCACCAAGAAGCAGGAAAGCCUUCCCACCUCUGAGGACAAGAUCGAAGAGUGAUCCCGUGCUGCACCACUCCGAGGACAGAGCUAUCCCGGUGCUCAGCUGCGAGGCUGCCACCCAAACAGAAAGGCGACUAGAUGUGGCUGCGGUGACUCUGCGAAGAGGCCCGAGACCCAGGACAUCCAGAGGCAGGCCCCGCUCCUUGGUAGAUUACAGGUCGUACAUAGACACUAAGCUGCUGGUGGCCAGGUUCUUGGAGCAGUCCUCCUGCAGCAUGACGCCGGACAUCCACGAGCUGGUAGAAAACAUCAAGUCUGUGUUGAAGUCCGACGAGGAGCACAUGGAAGAAGCCAUCACAAGUGCCAGCUUCUUAGAACAGAUAAUGGCCCCAGCACAGCCCAGCACUUCGCAGGCCCACACGCUACCCUUGAGGACACAGGCUGGCCUGCUGCACCUGCGGAGCUGCGGCGAUCUGAGCACCUUCGCCCUGGUGGGGAUGCCCAGGGCUGAGAGGAGGCCCCGGCGGCGAGCUGAGGCUGAGCGGCCACACAGCCUCAUAGGCGUCGUCCGAGAGACUGUGCUGUGAAGCUGUGACCCGUGUGAGAAGGAAGGCCAGCCCCAGGGGAAGGUCCUCCCUCCUCUGUGCUGUUUACUGAUUGGGGGUUCUGGUUCCCCUUAGGGAACCCCUCAAGAAGAGGCGGCUAAGGAAAACACCUGUUCCCACUCUUUGGCUCCCUUUUUGCCGACGGAGGGCGCUUGGGUGAAGGGGUAAGCUCUUCCGGACCCCUUUGGGUCUGCACACUCCAAGCUGGAGGGGAGCACAGUGAGCUUUCCUUUCUCUGUGGGGCACGUGCUGAUGUGAGCAGAAAUGGCGCUUAUAAGUCUUCGCCUGCCUCAGGCCUCACGGAUCUUUUGGUUGCCAAGUUCAUUCCCUCGUUGUAAGGACGGAGCUGCUGGGCUGCUAUUUAAAGCUGCCUGUGGCCUUUGGAUGCUUAGUGAGCGGAGUUGGCAGGAGACAAGAUGAUUAACUUCCAUGUGAUGAUAGUCCUCAAGCCUUGUUUAGAUCAUCCUCCAAUCCCAACUCGUUAGGAAAAGCAGAAGGCUUGUUCAGUGUCAACUUGUAAUGAAAGACAUUAAGGGAGAGGAUUAUAAUCAAUUCCAUUAUUUAUGCUUGCAAACUAGAACACCUCAGGCAGACCGGAGAAUAAAAUAUUGACUUUGGA